CUCCCCACUCCCACCGGACCACACCUCCGUUUUCUUUGCUUUCACACACCAAUUUCGACUUUUUGUUUCUUCCUCUGUCGCUCUCCGGCGGCGAGAGCGGCCGCUAUGGAGUUUUCUUCCGGCGGAAGACGAAUGAGGCUUCUUAUCUCGACUUGUUUGGCCGCCUCUUUGUUUCUCCAGGUCUUCCUUAGUGGUUCAACAGUAGCAGCGCAGGGGCCAACUCGGCAAAGACACUCGGAAGGGUAUUGCGCCAUGUAUGACAUUUGUGGAAAACGUACAGAUGGAAAAAUGCUGAAUUGCCCCUUUGGUUCCCCAUCUGUGAGGCCAGAUAAGUUGCUUGCAUCUAAGAUCCAAAGCUUGUGCCCAACAAUUACUGGAAAUGUAUGCUGCACAGAGGCUCAAUUUGACAUAUUAAGAUCACAAGUUCAGCAAGCAAUCCCGUUCCUUGUUGGCUGUCCAGCAUGCUUGAGAAACUUUUUAAAUCUAUUCUGUGAACUUUCUUGUUCUCCAAACCAGAGUCAAUUUAUAAAUGUUACAUCUGUUUCAAAGGUUAAAAGCAACUUGACUGUAGAUGGUAUUGAUUUUUUUAUAACUGACACUUUCGGGGAGGGGUUAUAUGAAUCCUGCAAGGAGGUAAAGUUUGGGACUAUGAACACUCGAGCAAUUGACUUCAUUGGUGCAGGGGCUAAAAAUUUCCGAGAGUGGUAUGCAUUUAUUGGUAGAAGAGCUGCACUUGAAAUGCCAGGAUCUCCAUUUGCAAUUAAUUUUGUAUCAAAGGCCCCCGAUUCAUCUGGAAUGAAAACAAUGAAUGUUUCUGCAUAUUCCUGUGGUGACAAUUCAUUGGGGUGUUCUUGUGGUGAUUGCCCUUCGGCUCCUGCAUGCUCAAGUUCUGCCCCUCCACCUGCUGAAAAGAAAGAAUCUUGUUCUGUAAGAAUAGGCUCUAUCAAGGCAAAGUGCAUUGAAGUUUCUGUGGCAAUAACUUACAUCGUCUUGGUCUCCUUUUUUCUUGGAUGGGGUUUUCUUCAUAGGAGAAAAGAAAGAACUCCAGUUUCCAAGACAAAGCCAUUGAUAAGUCCUCCUGAUACUGGUGUCAUCCACCAAAUUAACAAGCAAAAAGAUGAGAAUGUGGCGAUGCAGAUGCUUGAGAAUGCACCACAAAUGUCAAGUGGCGUUCAACUUUCAGUAGUGCAAGGAUACUUGUCAAGAAUUUUCAGGAUAUACGGAACAUGGGUUGCAAGGCAUCCCAUUGCUGUUCUAUGCUCAUCCUUGGUUAUUAUUCUGAUACUUUGUUUGGGUUUGCUUCGUUUUAAAGUUGAAACAAGACCUGAAAAGUUAUGGGUUGGCCAUGGAAGUAGAGCUGCAAAAGAGAAACUGUUUUUUGACAGCCACCUAGCUCCGUUUUACAGAAUUGAACAGAUCAUAAUCGCAACCAAACCUGAUGCAAAGAGUGGGAAGCCUCCAACUAUUAUCACACAAGAAAAUAUCAUGUUACUUUUUGAUAUACAAAACAAGGUAGACUCGAUCAAAGCUAAUAACUCUGGAUCAGUUGUGUCUCUAACUGACAUUUGUAUGAAGCCACUUGGCAAGGAUUGUGCUACCCAAAGUGUUCUUCAGUAUUUCAAGAUGAAUGCAACAAAUUUUGAUGAGUAUGGGGGUAUUGACCACCUUCAGUAUUGUUUUCAGCAUUAUACUUCAGCGGAGAAUUGCAUGAGUGCAUUUAAAGCCCCCCUUGAUCCAUCCACUGCUCUUGGUGGCUUUUCUGGUAACAAUUACUCGGAGGCCUCUGCUUUUAUUGUAACGUAUCCUGUGAAUAAUGCAAUUAAUAGAGAAAGCAAUGAUACUAAAAGAGCCGUUGCCUGGGAGAAGGAAUUCAUCCAGUUAGUGAAGGAUGAAAUUUUGCCAAUGGUUCGAUCAAAGGGUUUGACAUUAUCAUUCUCAUCAGAAAGCUCUAUUGAGGAAGAACUGAAGCGAGAAACGACUGCUGAUGUUAUAACUAUAGUGAUAAGUUAUCUUGUGAUGUUUGCGUACAUAUCUUUGACAUUGGGUGAUAUUUCAAGCUUCUCUUCAUGUUAUAUAUCAUCUAAGGUGUUGCUUGGCCUUUCUGGCAUUGUUCUAGUCAUGCUCUCUGUUCUCGGAUCAGUUGGUUUCUUCAGUGCCAUAGGAGUAAAAUCAACACUUAUCAUAAUGGAAGUUAUCCCAUUCCUUGUGUUGGCGGUUGGGGUGGAUAAUAUGUGCAUAUUGGUGCAUGCAGUUAAAAGACAGUCAUUAGAACUGCCUUUAGAUGGGCGAAUCAGCAACGCGCUUGUAGAAGUUGGUCCAUCUAUAACCCUAGCUAGUCUAGCAGAGGUCUUGGCAUUUGCAGUAGGAAGUUUCAUUCCAAUGCCAGCAUGCCGCGUGUUCUCCAUGUUUGCAGCAUUGGCUGUUCUGUUAGACUUCCUUCUGCAAGUUACUGCUUUCGUUGCCUUAAUUGCCUUUGAUUUUCUGAGAGCAGAAGAUAACCGAAUCGAUUGUUUUCCAUGUAUUAAAGUUUCUGGGUCAAAUGUUGAUCAUGACAUAGGUAAUCAACAAAGAAAACCUGGAUUCUUGGUUCGAUAUAUGAAGGAUGUUCAUGCGCGCAUUUUAAGCAUGUGGGGAGUAAAAGUAGCAGUGAUAUCCAUAUUUUCUGCUAUUGCAAUGGCAAGCAUUGCAUUAUGCGCAAGGAUUGAGCCAGGUUUGGAACAGCAAGUUGUUCUUCCCAGAGACUCAUACCUCCAGGGUUAUUUUAAUAAUAUAUCUGAUUAUCUCAGAAUCGGACCUCCAUUGUACUUUGUGCUGAAAAACUACAAUUAUAGUGCUGAAUCAGUGCAAACCAAUCAGUUAUGCUCUAUCAACAAUUGUAAUUCAGAUUCUCUUUUGAAUGAGAUUUCAAGAGCAUCACUAAUACCUGAAUCAAGUUACAUAGCUAAACCUGCUGCUUCAUGGCUUGAUGAUUUUUUGGUUUGGAUAUCACCAGAAGCUUUUGGUUGCUGUCGUAAAUUUAUAAAUGGGAGUUUUUGUCCACCUGAUGAUCAGCCGCCUUGUUUAUCUAGCAGUGGAUCAUCUACCGGGAUGGGCAUAUGCAAGGACUGCACAACGUGCUUUCUUCACUCAGAUUUAGCCAACGGCCGCCCAACAACUAAACAGUUCAAAGAGAAACUCCCGUGGUUCCUGAGUGCUUUACCUUCUAAUGAUUGUGCAAAAGGUGGUAAUGGGGCUUACACUAACAACGUUGAGCUCAAAGGCUAUGAAAAUGGUGUUAUUCAAGCAUCGGCAUUUCGUACAUUUCACACCCCUCUCAACAAGCAAGUUGACUAUGUUAACUCAAUGAGGGCUGCCCGGGAAUUUGCUUCUAGAGUUUCUGAUUCUUUGAAGAUGGAGGUCUUUCCUUAUUCUGUAUUUUAUAUAUUCUUUGAGCAAUAUCUUGACAUAUGGAGGACAGCGUUAGUAGACCUUGCCAUAGCUAUUGGUGCUGUAUUUGUAGUAUGCUUCGCCAUUACAUGCAGUUUCUGGACUUCAGCAAUUAUCUUACUUGUGCUGGUGAUGAUCGUAGUGGAUAUGAUGGGCGUAAUGGCGAUCCUAAAUAUCCAACUAAAUGCAGUAUCGGUUGUUAACCUUGUAAUGUCAGUGGGUAUUGCUGUUGAGUUCUGUGUGCACAUUACACACGCUUUUCUGAUUAGCAGUGGAGAUAGGAACCAACGCAUGAAGGAGGCAUUGACGACAAUGGGAGCUUCCGUAUUUAGUGGUAUCACGCUCACAAAGCUUGUUGGGGUGAUCGUCCUGUGUUUCGCACGCUCGGAAGUAUUUGUGGUUUACUAUUUCCAAAUGUACCUUGCUUUGGUUCUUCUUGGUUUUCUACAUGGCCUCAUCUUCUUACCUGUAAGACGCAUUCUUUUUUUUCUUUUUUGGAACUGUCCCAUUUACAGAACAAUUAAAGAUUGGUCCAUUGUGAACCAUGUGUGUGUGUGUGUGUGUGUGCACCAAUAUAUAUAAAGUAAUACUCCCUCCGUUCCACAAAACCCUUCCGGUUUUGACUUUGGGGAAAAAUAAGGAAAGUGUAAUUUUGGUUGACUUUCCAAUUUUGCCCCUGAUGUGAUGGGAAAAAGUAAGAUGUGAUAGUUAAGUUAUUAGUGAAAAAGUAUGAUGUGAUAGGUAGGGUAUGAAAAAAUAGGGGUAACAGUGGUUUUUUAAUAGAAAGUGGAAGUGUUACGUGGAAAGCAAAAAAAACGAAAGAGGAAGAGUUUUGUGGAACGGAUGGAGUACACAGUAGUAAUAUAUUUGAGCUGUGUGUUUGUGUUAAAUAUAGGCUAAACUCCACCAUUGGUCCUUCAACGUUAUCAAUUGUGCACGAUUGGUCCUUCAUGUUUUAAAAGUCCAUAAAUAGUCCUUCAACUUUAUGAGUUAUGCACGAUUGGUCCUUCAAGUUUUAAAAGUGCAUAAAUAGUCCUUCAAGUACAUAUCAGCCCUCCAGAUGAGGUCCAUUUGACAGUAAAUGUUAAAAGCUAAAUGAAAUACUGGCUUCAUAUAAUACAGAGUAGUCGUAUCUAGUGGAAUUUACUCGUAUUAUAUGAAACUAGUAUUUCGUUUAACUUUUAAUAUUUGCUGUCAAAAGGACUUCAUAUGGAGGGCUGACAUGUACUUGAAGGACUACUUAUGGACUUUUGAAACUUGAAGGACCAAUGGUGCAGAACGCAUAAAGUUGAAGGACUAUUUAUGGACUUUUGAAACUUGAAGGACCAAUCGUGCAUAACUGAUAAAGUUGAAGGACCAAU